CAUUUUCAUAAUUAAGAAGAACUUAAAGGGCUACUUUAUAAUUUAGAAGUUAAUAUUGGCAGCGACUAGGCAGCAGCAGCAGCGAGCGUCCGGAUUUAGGCGAACAACCAACAGAGCAGCAGUGACGCCGUCGCUGACCAGGCAUCCACGUCUGCGAGGAAUCAAAGAGGAGGGGUGAUCACAGGGAUGGAUAUGAUGUGUGGUUAUAGUGAUGAUUGUGCUGGAAGGGUAAUUGUUGAAGAGGACAAUAAAUCCAAGGAUGAUGGAGUACAAGGAAGUGGGAGCAAUUCCCAUGAUGGCCAAAAGAUACUUGAAAGGGAGAAUUUGAAUCGACGAGAUGAGACUAUUGAAGCGUUACGCGUAUGCCGAGCUCUAUUUUUGAAUGCUCGUCAAUACAAGUUUGACUCUGAAUCUGAUGAUGAUUAUGCAGUGACUUUUAGUAGCAGUAACGUUGUUCAUGUUUGGGAUGGAUGGGAUGCUGCUCUAAUUGUAUCUAAACGCGGGAACGUUAAACAAGGAGUUACUCUAGAUAGUUAUGUUGAAAAGGUUCAAGAAGAAGAUGGUUCAACGGAGAUGACUGUUAACGAAUAUAAGAAACAACAUCUUGGAAAGAGGAAAGUUAGGGGAACAUCGAAGGCCAGAGGAAGAGACUCAUGUGGUAAAGAGCACUUGCAAAUUGGUUUAUGGCCUGCGGCAACUGGAAACCGAAAAUGCCGUGGAGAAGUAGAGAAGAUUGUAGAGGCCGUUGUAGCAUUGACUUUGAGAGGGAUGCUCCUUCUUCCUUGGGAUACGUUGGAGGAGUUACCCAAUACUGUUCGGGACAGUGUGUUUGGAACUAUUGCAAAGUUUGUCUUGAGCAUUUUUGAUGUGGAUGAUUUUGAAAGAAUAUAUAACGAACGUAAGAAAAAAAAAAAAUGUGCAGCACUCUAUUCUUCAAACCAACCACAUUUUGAGUCUGAUGAUGGUCCUCUGAAAGCCUUUGCUGUAGGGGGGAUGGAUGUAAAAGCAUUUUCUAUCCUAAGGGAACAUGAUGUUGGUGAGAUGCUGCAGCAAUAUCAGAGAUACUUAUCGCUAUUAAAAGAUCUUGGGUACCCCUUCAAGGUUUUUCUUUGGGAUUUUGAUCUUUCCGAGGCCAAGUUGGAUAUUGUUAGCAGCCCGCGUGAUAGAAGCCUUGCAUUGGCUGAAAUGCAGAAGUAUGUGCCUCUGAAGGAAGAUUGUAAAAUGCAGCUAACUUUGGAGUUGAGGCGCGCAAGAGGUCACCAUGUUAUUGAUACUUUGUUUGUAGAGGCUUGGAAGUGUGUCAAGUUUGAGGAGUUAGUUAAUUUAGAAAAUUCUGAGCUCCUUGGUUUUGUUCGUUCUUUCAAGGGUGCGCUAUUCUCUUUGGCCGAGCUCAAAAUAUCCGUGAGUAGAUGGAGGGAUUGGGUAGUGCUUCGUGCAUCAGCAUAUGUCCAUAGUUGUCUGAAUUUUGCAUAUGCUGCUUUUGAAACCAACACUGUUUCCUUCUAUGUUAUGAUUUUUCUUCCACCAAAUGCGAUGUGGCAGUUAAAUGACUACCAUUGUAUGAUUACUUAUCAAUAAAAAAAUAACAUUGUGUGAUCAUUUCCCCUUUUUCUAUAUCUGAUAACAUCAUAUUUUUACCCAAACCUGUUUAUUUGUUAUAACUAUAUGUGUAGGCUAUACUCAAUCCUUGUGCAUGUUUUGUAUACGCUUUCCAAAGAGGAAUUGGCAGUAUCCGGCUCAAAGCGGGUUUAUCUGUUCUUAUUAUUAGCUGAUACUACUAAUGGCCUAUGUGUGCAUUUGGUUUUUGUUUGUUGGUUCUGGCGUGUAUAUUGCUAUCAAAGAUAUCCCAAUGACUGCAUUUGCCAACUCCGUUUAAGGUCAACUUCAGCGCACUUUAAUUUUAAAUCAGCUAUUUUUUCCGAACUCUAUACAGAAUUGCAUAUGCAUGUGCGUAGCACGGGGAUGAAAGUAGUUUGUAUUGAUUUGUCUCUUAUCUUACUGAUUAACUUGUGAAUUAAUUCAUCGCAGUGGAGGGUGCUUUUUAAUUUCUUGGCUUAUGUUUGAAUUUCUUAGGAAAAACUUUCGACAGUAUUUGCUGUUUUCUUAGCUAAAUGUAGUAGGUUUGUGCAAAUUUAUUUAUUUAUUUUUGCAAUUGUAUGCUGCAUUAUAUUUCCACAGGUAGCAUCUGUUGUACAACUUCUGCAUAAAGUGUAGUCAAUAUGUAAGAUGAUUGGGAUUUGGGAUGUUGGUAUACUGUACUAUUUUGGGAGUGUGAUGUGCAUUAUUUUUAUCUCGUCUUGCAGUCUUUGCUAAUUUUUGGAUUCUACGGCUAAGAAUCACAAACACUUCUGAGAAAGUGACGUGUCCGUGUCAGACUUUAACGCUGCUCCGACACUUUGGAACGCACGCUCAAUAUAUAUAUAUAUAUAUUUUCAUGUCCAUAAUUUAACAUAAAAAUCUGAAUUUUGGACACGAGUUUGACAUUCAUUUUGCGACAUGUCCAUAAUUUCUUUGGCCAUGUUUGUCUCUAAAAUAUAAACAUUAGACCAACAAUUUUUAGAAAUUUGCUGACGUCUUAGUUUCAAAGUUGAGAAUUUGACAUAAUUAUCUUAUACCCUUAAAAAAAUGUAUAGUUCUUAAGAAUAGAUCCUAUUGACCUUUCACAUAAAAUUGAAUGACAAAGAUAUGUAAAUGUAUUAGCAUAUGGUUUAAAAGGAUGAGAGACGUGUUACAAUUAUGUAAAUGUAUUAGCAUAUGGUUUGUCUUUUCUGAAAUUUUCCACGUUGAUGUAUCCGUGUGAUGUCGUAUCUGUGUCUACUGUCCCGUUUCCGUAUUCAUGUCUUUGUCUACGUUUCAUAGUAUGUCGUCGUGUGAUAUGCUUGCUUGUGAUGAUUUGAAGUGCAUGAUUUAUAUGCUCCUUCAAUUUUUUACAUGCUCCUUUAAUUUUUUACUUGUGAAUGUCAUUGUCAUUUUUCAUGUUUAUAAAUUUCAUGUGUCAUUGUCACUAUAUUUUUCCGUCAGUAGAGAUAGAGAUAGCUUGGUGGUGCAUACUGAUGUUUCCUGUUAAUUGUUUGUCAACUUCUUCCAUUUCUUCUCUCACAU